CUUUUGUUGGCGAUGUCUUCCGUCUGUGUGGAAAAGAAACGCAAAGAAGUUUUCGUAUAACAAUAAGGCAAAGCCACAGGGAAACUAAACAAUGCAAAAGUUGUGAAUUCAACGAAUAUGUAACGAAAGCAAAGUGCAGAAAGAAAAUAAUAGACAUGCAUCCAGAUGAAUUGUUGAAUACGCUAUAAUAAGUAAAUUAUAGCAAAACAGAGCUUUUGGCUUGCAGUUGUAUCAUAUUCAUAAUAUAAACAAACAUAGGGCGUACCCGACUAGAAUAUACCCUGCUAAGCAGCUGAUAAACAUUGUCGCUUAUAGAGAUAUUUGUAUAGAAAUACCCAUUAUUUAUAUCUAAAAAAUGUCACAUCUCCAGUCAGAAAACUUGCUACUUAGUUUUAGUUCUUAUACAACCGCCAAAGUUAUCUAUGAUAAGAAAUUAAGACUGUGAGUGCUUCGAAGGAUCCACUCGGCGAAUUUCAAAUUUCUUACACUGAUAUCUAAUAUUCUUAUACAUAUGUAUUAAUGGGGAGCGAAAAUGCUAAAUCGACUCGUAUGAUGCAUGGCACUUAACAGCCUUGUUACAUACCUUUCAAUACAAGCAAUAUGCCUAUGCUUACCCAUUUUCUGUGUGCUUAGAGCAUCAAAAGAAAAUCCACCCACAACUCGUAUCAUAAAUACAUAUGUAUAGAAAAAUAGAUUGUAUGUUUAUAUAUAUACAUACAGAAAUUGCACGGAAGCAAAAAUCCGAAAACUCAACGCCGCAUUCCAAAAUCGUGUUAUAAAAUAAUUUGGCAGCACUUGGCCAGCAAACAUUCGAAUUCGAGCAACUCGAGCGAGCGCAUCGCAGCUCUUCAGCCUUUUUUUAUCUUCACCCAAACUCUAAGCAUAAUGGAUAAUCGACAUGCGCUGCUGAAGUUUUCGUUUUUGGCGUUUCUAGUACUUCUCUUUAUUUGUGUGCAGGCAACAAAUGCGGGGAGUCAGCAGAAAAAGAAAAAAAUCGUUAUACAUGUGCCCAUUCACAAGAAGAUAGAAAAACAUGUCCAUACGAUUAUUAAGCAUGUCCACCAUCAUCAUAAGCCACUCGUACUAAAGGAGGAGAAGAAGAUUAUACACGAGGAGCAUCAUCCGAUUCAAAUUCAUCAGACUAAAGAGCAUAUACAUCACCAUGAGAAGCAUGAUCAUGCUCAUGAUCACCAUGAGCAUCACGAGCACCUACAUCCCAUUGAACAGGCACCGUCCAUAGAGGAGGAGGAGGAGCAUAUACAUCAUCAUCAUAAUUAUGAGCACAAAGAUGGUUUCCUCGGCAGCGGUGAUUCAGAUGCCAGUGGCAGUAGCAGCAUCAGCAGCAUCAACAGCAGCGAGGAACGCUGAUGUAAAACUAAGCAUUCAAACUAAAAACCAAAAAAGAAAAAAAUUAACUCAAAAAAACUGUGGUUAAUUUUAUGUGAUGUAUUAUUUAGAUUUAUGUAUACACAAUUUUUUUUUUACAUUUUUUUUUUUUCAUAUAUGUAAUAUAGAUAAAUAACUUAGGCACGGGUUAUUGAAUAAAUAAACUGGUUGAGAAAAGCACCGUUCGUUCUGAUAUUUAGCCAAUUAGCAUGCAUUUGAAGGCGCGCCAAAAAUUCAAAAUACUUGUCCCUAUUUACAGCACUGGCACACUAAGAAAUCAGCUGAUGCAAAACCAAACCAAAGCAAAAUCCCAACAGCUAAAACGUAACUAAAAGUAAACAAUCUUGUGAAUUUGAAGAUCUGCGUCUUUUCCACAUUCGUUUCUAUAAUUUCAUAUAGUAGUAUAUCCAAUUACAUAACUUAAGUGGCUUCAGUAAAACUAAAUUUGUCUACCACUAUUUGAUUUGCAUACACUUGAAUGCGCGCUAAGCAAUCGAUGUGCUUGCAGCGCUCUACAGCACUGCCGCGAUAAGACGUUUUUCGAUAAGUUUGACAUAGCGACGGCACACACACCGCAGCGAAGACAAGGCAAAAAUAAAAGAAAAGCAUAUGAAACGAGGGAGCAUAGGGAGUGAGUGUUACUUUGCAAAAAAAAGAAGAAAAAAAACCAAAAAGAAAAGAGAAAAGCAGAAUAAAAAGCCACAGAAAUAAAGAAAAGAGUUUGCAACAAAAUUAUUAGCUAGAUAGCAGCGAAUGCACAAGAUGUUCUUGUUUUGGUGUUGAUAACAAACAACAA